GUGACUUUUUUCUCGCUGCGUCCUCAUUUUUAUCCUUCUUCAACCCUCCUUCCCUUCACCACAUUUUCGUCUAUUUUCUUUACAAUUUCAUUUCUUCGCAGAAGUAACUUCCGACUAAUCAACGUCGUUGGUUCCUACAGCGUCUCAUUUCGCUUGCUCGAGUUAAUCCGCUCUCUCAAUUUAACUCUUGAAAUUAUCUGCACCGCAUAACUGCAUAAUGGCGUAUCACGGCGGCGGUGGCGGCGGCGGUUACGGCUCUCGCGACUCUUACGGGGGUGGUUAUAGAGGAAGAGGAGGCGGCGGUGGUGGUUACUCCAACGGACAUGGAGGCGGCUACAGUAACGGCAACGGCAACAGCAACGGCUAUGGUGGUGGUGGUGGUGGUGGAGGUUAUGGUGGCGGUGGUGACCGCAUGUCUGCCCUCGGUGCUAACCUCAAGACUCAAGACUGGGAUCUCUCUACUCUCCCCAAAUUCGAAAAGUCUUUCUACAAAGAACACGAAGAUGUGGCGAGUCGUUCUCCAAAGGAAGUCGAAGCCUUCCGCAAAGAUCAUCAGAUGGCAGUUACCGGCAGAAAUGUGCCUCGCCCAGUUGAAACCUUCGACGAGGCUGGUUUCCCGAACUACGUGCUGUCCGAGGUCAAGGCACAAGGAUUCGAAAAGCCUACCGCUAUUCAGUCUCAGGGCUGGCCCAUGGCUCUUUCGGGUCGUGAUGUUGUUGGUAUUGCCGAGACUGGUUCUGGAAAGACUCUGACAUAUUGUCUUCCUGCUAUUGUCCACAUCAAUGCCCAGCCACUCCUCUCACCGGGUGAUGGCCCUAUUGUCCUCAUCCUUGCCCCCACUCGUGAGUUAGCUGUGCAAAUUCAGACUGAGAUCAGCAAGUUUGGUCGUUCUUCCCGUAUCCGAAACACCUGUGUUUAUGGAGGUGUUCCAAAGGGCCCUCAGAUCCGUGAUCUUAGCCGUGGUGUCGAGGUCUGCAUUGCCACUCCCGGUCGUCUGAUUGACAUGUUGGAGGCUGGCAAGACCAACCUCCGUCGAGUUACCUACCUUGUACUUGACGAAGCCGAUCGCAUGCUUGAUAUGGGUUUCGAGCCUCAAAUUCGCAAGAUCAUUGGCCAGAUUCGCCCUGACCGACAAACUUGCAUGUGGUCCGCUACCUGGCCCAAGGAAGUUCGUCAACUUGCCAGUGAUUUCCUGAACGAUUUCAUUCAAGUCAACAUCGGAUCCAUGGACCUUUCCGCCAAUCACAGAAUCACACAAAUUGUCGAGGUGGUAUCCGAUUUCGAAAAGCGCGACAAGAUGAUCAAGCAUCUCGAGAAGAUCAUGGACGACCGCAAUAACAAAUGCCUUAUCUUCACCGGCACCAAGCGUGUUGCUGAUGAUAUUACUCGUUUCCUUCGCCAGGAUGGAUGGCCAGCAUUGUCGAUUCACGGUGACAAACAACAAAACGAACGCGACUGGGUCUUGCAAGAAUUCAAAAACGGCAAGAGCCCAAUUAUGGUUGCUACUGAUGUAGCCUCCCGUGGUAUUGACGUUCGCGAUAUCACUCAUGUGUUGAACUAUGAUUACCCAAACAAUUCGGAGGACUAUGUUCACCGUAUUGGUCGUACCGGUCGUGCCGGUGCUAAGGGAACAGCCAUUACGUUCUUCACCACUGACAAUUCAAAGCAGGCACGUGAUCUUGUCACAAUCCUCAGCGAGGCUAAACAGCAAAUUGAUCCUCGUCUCCACGAAAUGUGCCGCUAUGGCGGUGGUGGCGGUGGUGGUCGCGGCUGGGGAGGUGGUCGUGGCCGUGGUUAUGGCCAUCACCGCGGCGGCGGUGGUGGUGGUGGUGGUGGUGGUUACACUGCUUCCAAUUCGGCUCCCCUUGGUAACAACCGGCGAUGGUAAAUUAACUUGCUGGCGAUGUUGAUCACUAGGUUUCAUCUACGUGAGAUCUGCGUCCAUCCAGGCACUCUUUUUUACAGUUACAGGUGGCGUUUACCGGGUUUAUUAUAGAUUGCUUUCCAUUCACGUACAUUAUCGAACCGUCUCGGAACGUUAGGUCUGGGAUGAUCAGUUGAGACUAGAUCGUGCAGUUUCUUAUGUUUUCAUUUUUUAUGCCAAUCAGCGGCGACUUAUCUACCGCGAAACAGCUGUUUCGUUUGGAUAGCCAAGAGAGAUCGUACUGAUAUCAAAAUAGUAUAGCGAGGUUGUAAGUACCUAAUACAAGUUGGACGUUCAUGUUAA